UAUGGAUAAUUUAGUUUAAAGAGAAAUAUAAAGAAUAUAUAUGGAGGUGGUAACAUGGAGAUAGUCUUUUUUUUUCAGACUAUUAAGAGACUUGGGCUAAAAACAAUUCGAUAUUUCAGACUAUUAAGUUUUUGGAUCCAAAUUGCCCUCUACGUUCUAUAUUAUUUCAACAUUUUCCAGAGAAAGGUAAGGAUUAGCAAGAUAAUUAUGUUGGAACCGAAGGGUAGUAUGGGAAGUAAGUAGGGAGGAAGAUAGGUGUAAAGUGUGGGUUUAAAGCUUUUUUCAUUAAUAUUGUUACCUUUUACUAAUUUCAUCAAUAAAUCUGGCUAAUUCUCACGUCAAUAGCUAGGGAACAGCUGGAGAAAACUUUGAUUUCUGUCCAUAUAUCAUCUUAUCGCAAAUCUGAAUUCUAAUUCCACCUCUCCCUCUCGGUUGUGUGGUUUGAGUGUAAGGGAGAGCGUGAGAGAGAUGCCUUGCUAUCACUCUGAAUCCCACCACUUGAUCUACAGAGAAGAGUUGAAAAAAGAUGGUCAUGAGAAGAAACUUCUUUGCUGGUGGUGCCAACAACCAAUAUGGGGUUCUGUUCACUAUUGUGUCGAAUGUGGUAAUCGCCCCGUUCACAACUACUCAUCAUCCAUCAAUCAUUGCUUGGACUUCAUAGAAGAGCAGGAAAAUGAAGACAACACGACAAUUGUUUGUGCAGUGUGUGACAACCUAGUAUUUGGUGCCGCCUACAGAUGCUCUGUCUCCGAAUGCAGAUUCCUAUCUCAUAAAUUAUGCACAGAGCUAUCUUAUAAGAUAAACCACCAUCUGCACUCAGACCAUACACUUUUUCUCAAAGGGCCAGGUAGAAAUCAUUGUGAUGCUUGUUUUAAGUCUCACCAUAAUUCUUUGUUUUACGAUUGUAAUUCUUGUGAAUUCCAACUAGACAUCAAAUGUGCUAACCGCUUGCCAAUUAAUCCUAAUGAUUGUCACCAUGAGUUCUUUCCCAUCCAAAAGCCAAUCCAGUUCAAUUGCGAAGUUUGUGGAGAAGAAAUCAAGAACAUCGUCAACCUAUGUAGUAUCUGUACACUCUUGGUUCACAAAAGAUGUGUUGAAAUUCCACGCAUCGUCCAAAUUAAGCUACACAAUCACUUUCUCACUCUCACCUACUCUAUUCCUGAAAUCGAGAAGCAUGAGGACAUGUUCUGUAGAAUGUGUUAUGAAAAGGUGAAUACAAAAUAUGCAAUUUACUAUUGUCACGAAUGUAGGUAUGUUGCCCAUGUGAAAUGCGUAAAACGUUUUAGGAAUUUGUAUGGGGAGUUGUAUUUGGACGGGAAGUGGUUUGUAACUAGUGAUUCAAUGCCCAGCGAAUUCGUUGGCCAUGCAACUCAUUUGAUCAAGGCACUCAAUCAAGUAGAGGACGAAGGACCUCAUCAUGAGGAGAUUGAACAUUUCAGUCAUCAACAACAUAAGUUAAUCCUCACUUAUGAUCAGGUUAAUGAUGAUAUGCUUUGUGAGGGGUGUAAGGAAUUCAUAAUUGCGGUUCCAUUUUAUAGCUGUAUGCAAUGCAACUUCUUUAUUCAUGCUCGAUGUACUAAACUUCCCACAAGGAUUGAGCAACACCGACUUCACCACUUUCACCCGCUCACCCUCCUCCCACGGGCACCUACCAAGAGUGGCGUGUUCUUUUGUGAUAUUUGUUCUCGCCAUCAUCGUGGCUUCACCUACAAAUGUGUCCGUCCUGGGUGUUGGGAGGGCACAACCUUUGAUGUUCAAUGUGGUUCAAUUCCGGAAACCCUUAAACACGAAGGUCAUCAACAUUCUCUUCACCUUCCUCUCGAGCAUUCUAAUAAUAGAAAAUGCAAAGCUUGUCCAAAGGACAACGAGAAGUCUGUAUUUGUAUGCACCAAUUGCGAUUUUGCCUUGGGAAUCAGAUGUGCAAAUCUUCCACUAGUAGCAAGGCAUAGAUAUGAUACACAUCUUCUCAAGCUCACUUACAGUACCAUUAUAAAAGAUUCUGGAGAAUAUUAUUGUCUAAUUUGCGAAGAGGAAAGAAACCCAAACCACUGGUUUUAUUACUGUAAAGAAUGCAAUUUCACUGCUCACCCUGAAUGUGUUAUUAGGAACGAUCCAUGCAUCAUGAUUGGAAAUACUUAUAUAAGUGAAUAUCAUGCGCAUCCGCUCACUUUUGUCCAAAAGACUGAACACUCUUCAUGUAAGGGCUGUAUGAAGCUACUUAAUGACGUGGCCCUAGAAUGUAGUCAAUGCAAAUUUAGUGUCCACCUUCCUAGGCCUUACUUCCCUGAUUGUUUGUGGAUGCUAAGUGAAUGGGGAAGGAGGUAGAGUGCUGUAUAAAGAGAACUGGUCUCACGUGGAGCAUCUUGGUCUUCAAUCUUCUAAUGAGGAAGCAAAGCUGGUUUUUGGAGGCGCUGAGGGCAAGGAAUGAACAUCUAUAUACUGAUGGUUAUAUGAAGAAUCUCCCACUUCUCCAUUUAUGAGUAGAUUGCUGUCAUUGUAUACCCGACCGUAGUCUACAUAUGAAUUCAAAUGAUUCCAACUCUUUUUUGCUUGUAUAGUUAUCCUUACUACCUAGUGGAAACUUGGCAGUGCCUUAUUCUUACCAUAUCUUUUUUGUUAAUUAUUUUGGGAGAAUUUUUUAUGGCUAAUCUUCAAGUUUAUGCAUC